GCUAGCAUAUCUGGAUUAAAUUAAGUAUUUGUUUAGUAAACGAACUGCUUACUACAUAAUGGUGUUGGAUCCGCUGCUCCGUAUUAAUUCUAGCUCCGGCAAUGACUUCUUUCGGCUCUUCACCACCGUAAAAUUCUGUGGUAGAGGACAAUAGUCUUAUUUGUUCUUAAUAAUCCACACCCGACCGAUGCACAGAGGUGUCAAUCCAAUAAAUAUAUCGACAGAUUGUUCUUAUGACUAGACUUACAGUUGCCACAAAACGACUUUGAAUGCGGAACGUUAUUUUAAAUCUCUUCCUUCGGGUAUCUCAAUCUUAUGAAUUGGGAAGGAGGAGCGUCCGGCUGGAGGACCUCUAUCUGGGUUGGCAACCACCUAUGGAUCGGAUCCGGGACCGAGACAUACCUAACUACACCAUGGCUAUAUCUAUACACAUAGGCCGCUCUAGACUUAGUUUUACCAUCGUCUUGUUCUACUUUUCUUGACAUCCCUGUUGUUAUUUGUUGAGGGUACUAGUCCAUUUUCUCAACCAGACCUCAGCGACAAUGCGUCUAUAUAGUAUGGUUGCCACAAUGGCAUCAAUGGCUCAGGUAGCGCUGUCAACCCCUUGUGUUGGAAACAGCAGUGGUAUUCCUAAGCCGCUCGAGUUCAAGGAGUUGGAGAGUCGGUAUCAAGCAAAUAUCCGAGCCUCUCUCGGCCUCGAUGGAUGCACAGAAAAAACGAUUCGAAUUCGCAAAUCUUGGGACGACAUUGAUGCUGCAGCGAGGGCCGAUUAUGUCCGGGCUGUCAAGUGUUUAGCCGCAAAGCCAGCAACAGUCGAUAAAACUCUCGCCCCCGGUGCUGUCAAUCGUUUGGAUGACUUUACCUACAUCCAUAUAAAUCAGACAAACAUCGUACAUAUCUCUGGCUCAUUCCUAUCCUGGCACCGGAUCUUCGUAUGGCAAAUGGAGGAGGCAUUGCGCAACGAAUGUGGAUACAAGGGCACGAUUCCGUAUUGGGACCAAGCUCGCUUCUCCCAAUAUCCCACGAAUUCUAAAGUAUUUGACAACUCAUCUUUUGGGGGCGAUGGAGAAUAUCUCCCUAAUGAUCACGGCCCAUACAACAUCACAAUUCCGGGACUCGCCGUCAACAUGAGUAUUGUACGACCUGCCGGAGCUGGGGGCGGUUGCGUACAGGAUGGGCCUUUCGCAAACUUCCAAAUCAGCCUCGGACCCACGGAUAGACCAUUUAUCGAUCCGACGAACAAGUUUGGCUACGAGCCGAAUCCACGCUGCUUGAAACGCAAUUUUGACUACCCAUCUAGUACGGACUUCAUGACAUGGGAGAACGCGAUCAAGAUCGUUGGGGCAUCUGACUUUGUAACGUUCUACUGGAACAUGGAAAAUACUUGGCAUGUGAAGUCCCACCAGUUCCUUGGUAAGGAUGGUCUCGAUCUAUUCACCUCACCUAACGACCCAAUCUUCUACCUAUUACACUCCCAAAUCGACAGGCUCUGGGCUAUCUGGCAAGGCCAAAACUUGGAGGAGCGCACGUUCGCGAUCACUGGAAACCGUACCUUCUUCGGCAUUCCACUCGAUACUGCGCCGAACGUGCCACCCUCAAACGCUACGAUCGAAGAUAUUAUGGAUUUAGGGCAUGGAUAUAGACCCAAGAUCAAAGAUGGUAUGCCUAUGACCUAUAGUGGAAGGUGCUAUAUGUAUGAAUAAUUUGGCAAGAUAAGUAGACUAUACAAUACCCCGAGAUUCAACUUAAGUACCUAGGUAGGUACUCAUUCAACAGGGAAUUCACAGAUGCAUCAAAGAUGAGAGUUGUUGAUUAUUCACGAGAAUACAUAUUAAUCCAGAUAUGGGCACUCUUCCUAUUUCAUGAAGGUAAAUGUAAAUAUGUCACGGUUUAAUUACCUACCUAAUAAUAACUUCUGAAUAA